GCCCUGUUUUGGGUUUAUAUAUCAACACGGAAUACCACUCCAUCUCUCUGACAGGCACUCAGCAGAUAACCUGGAAAGCGCCUGUUUUCACAGGAGGACCCAUACAAAUAAUUUAAGAUGCGCUUAGACCGCCUCGGCCUCCUGGCGCUGUGCCUGCUGUGGGUGGCGCCACCGUGUGGCGCUUUCGGGAAUCGCCGGCUGUGCGGCAUUCAGCUCGUGGAAGCGCUGCUGUUUGUCUGCGGCGAGAAAGGGCUCUUCUACCAUCCCGGGAGAAGAGGGAGAGAGGAAAAUACACGAAUCAUGAUGAGGGACAGCGCCUCCUUUCUGCGGGAGGCCAGAAUGAUCCUUGGGAGCGGAGAGGGGGCGAGGUUGAGCCGUAAUGGCGUCACCAAGAGAGGGAUUGUGGAGCAGUGCUGCCACUUCUACUGCGAUUACUACGACCUGGAGAACUACUGCAACAUAUAAGGGCUCAGGAGUGCGGCGGGGAGUCAGGAGGUCUGGAGGAGGGAAAUGAGAGGAUAAAUUAAAGAAAGGAGGUUGUGCAGAGAUCAGAGGAGAAAUUGAGAAAAAAG